AUGGCUUCGUCAAUACAGGAGCUGGACGCCACUGUCCAAGCCUUCUACUACAGCAGUAACAGCGAACAGCAAAAACAAGCUCAAGCCACCCUCAAUCAGUUCAAGGAAAACCCCGACGCAUGGCUCAUGGUCGACAAGAUUCUUCAAGAUGCCCAAUACGCUCAGACCAAGUUCCUCGACAAUGUGAUCAUGACGCGGUGGAAGGUUCUGCCCCGCGAGCAGUGCCAGGGCAUCCGCAACUUUGUUGUUCAGUUCAUCAUCCAAAUGUCGAGCACCGACGAGAGCCUGCGCAAGGAAAGAGCUUUGAUCAACAAGCUCAACCUGGUCCUCGUUUCCAUCCUCAAGCAGGAGUGGCCUCACAACUGGCCUACCUUCAUCAACGAGAUCAUCUCUUCUUGCCACAGCAGUCUACCCAUUUGCGAGAACAACAUGGCCAUCCUGCGUCUCCUCUCAGAAGAAGUUUUCGACUUUUCCGCCGAACAGAUGACCUCCACCAAGACGCGCCAACUCAAGCAGAGCAUGUGUGACGAAUUCACUUCCAUCUACAACUUGUGCAGCGAGAUUCUGCGCACCGCCACACAACCCUCGCUGAUCAAGGCUACUCUCGAGACUCUGCUCCGCUUCCUCAACUGGAUCCCUCUCGGCUUCAUCUUCGAGACACCACCCACUGGUAUCAGCUUGCUCGAGACUCUUCGCAGUCGUUUCCUUGAGGUUCCCGAGUUCCGUAACGUCACUCUCAAGUGUCUGACAGAAGUCGGUGGUCUCCAGACUGAACAGCAGUACAACGAGAAGCUUAUCGCCAUGUUCACCGACACCAUGACAACCAUCUCUACUGUCAUUCCCUUGUCGCUCGAUCUCAAGCAGACUUACGCCUCCAGCAACAGCCGCGACCAGGAAUUCGUCCAGAACCUUGCACUCUUCCUCACCAACUUCUUCUCUAACCAUCUCAGCAUUAUCGAGAAUCUGCCCAACCCUGACUUCCUGGUUCACGGACACUUCUACCUCAUCCGCAUCAGUCAGAUUGAUGACCGCGAGAUUUUCAAGAUCUGUCUGGAAUACUGGACUAAGCUGGUUUGCGACCUCUACGACGAGAUGCAACAACUUCCCAUCACCGACCUUAACCCCCUGGUCAGCAUGACAAUGAGCGGUCUUUCCAACGGCGGCGCUCCUCAUCCUCAGGCCAUGGCAGGCUACCCUCUCCGCAAGAAUAAGUACGGUGAAGUCCUGACAAACCUGCGUCAAGUCAUGAUCGAGAAGAUGGUCCGUCCUGAGGAAGUCUUGAUCGUCGAGAACGACGAAGGUGAGAUUGUCCGCGAGUUCGUCAAGGAGAGCGACACCAUUCAGCUUUACAAGACCACCAGAGAGUGUUUGGUCUUCUUGACUCACUUGGACGUUGUCGACACUGAAACCAUCAUGUCAGACAAGCUCUCCAAGCAGGUCGACGGCUCUGAGUGGUCUUGGGCAAACUGCAACACUCUUUGCUGGGCUAUUGGAUCUAUCUCUGGUGCCAUGAACGAAGAGACCGAGAAGCGUUUCUUGGUCACUGUCAUUAAGGAUCUUCUUGGCUUGACUGAACAGAAGCGCGGCAAGGACAACAAGGCUGUCGUCGCGUCAAACAUCAUGUACAUUGUCGGCCAAUACCCUCGUUUCCUCAAGGCUCACUGGAAGUUCCUCAAGACGGUCGUCAACAAGCUGUUCGAGUUCAUGCACGAGACCCACGAGGGUGUGCAGGACAUGGCUUGCGACACUUUUAUCAAGAUUGCCAACAAGUGCAAGCGUCACUUCGUCCUGACCCAGCCUGGCGAGUCGGAGCCCUUUAUCGAUGAGAUUGUACGUAACAUGCGCAAAAUCACUUGUGACUUGUCCCCUCAACAGGUUCACACCUUCUACGAGGCUUGUGGUUACAUGAUCAGUGCGCAAGGCCAGAAGGCUAUGCAGGAACGUCUGAUUGGUGAGCUCAUGGCUCUUCCUAACCAAGCUUGGGAUGCCAUCAUUCAGUCCGCACAUGUCGAUCCCAACAUCCUACAAGACGCCGAGACCAUCAAGGUUGUGGGCAACAUCAUGAAGACAAACGUCUCUGCUUGCUCUUCGAUCGGAAGCUACUUCUACCCUCAGAUCGGCAAGAUCUACCUCGACAUGCUCACCAUGUACCGCGCCAGCAGUCAGCUUAUUGAUGAAGCUGUGCAGAGAGAUGGUAACAUUGCCACCAAGAUGCCCAAGGUCCGUGGUCUCAGAACCAUCAAGAAGGAGAUCCUCAAGUUGAUCAGCACAUACGUCGACAAGGCUGAUGACCUUGAGAUGGUUCACGAGCGCCUUGUACCCGACUUGUUGCAAGCUGUUCUUCUUGACUACCAGAACAACGUCCCUGAUGCUCGCGAGGCUGAGGUCCUGAACGUCAUGACUACCAUCAUCAAGAAGCUUCAGGGCUUGAUGACCAAGGAUGUCCCUGGCAUUCUCGGUGCUGUCUUCGAAUGCACUCUGGACAUGAUCAACAAGGACUUCUCCGAAUACCCCGAGCACCGUGUUGAAUUCUUCAAGCUUCUCCGCGAAAUUAACUUGCGUUGUUUCCCUGCUCUUCUUCAGCUUGACCAGCGCCAGUUCAAGUUCGUCAUCGAUUCAUGCAUGUGGGCCAGCAAGCACGACAACCGCCUUGUUGAAGGCGAAGGUCUCAACAUGUGCUACGAGCUUGUCCAGAACAUGUCCGAGACCGACAUGGAGAUCAGCGGACCUUUCUUCCAGAACUUCUACACUACCAUUCUCCAGGAUGUCUUCUUCGUCUUGACCGACUCUGACCACAAGGCUGGCUUUAAGUACCAGUCUAUGCUCCUGGCACAGAUGUUCUACCUCGUCGGUUCCGGCAAGUUGAACUCACCCAUCUACACCUCUGACAUGGCACCUGCUGGCACGUCAAACAAGGAAUUCCUCCAAAACUUUGUUGGCAACCUUCUUGUCAACGCUUUCCCCAACCUCACUCCCGCACAAAUUCAGAAGUUCAUCUCAGACCUGUUCUCACAAGCCGAUGACAUCAACCGCUUCAAGCUUACAUUGCGCGAUUUCUUGAUUCAGCUCAAGGAAUUCGCUGGUGACAACGCCGAGCUGUUUAUCGAAGACCGUGAGAAGGCUGCUCAGGAAGCCAAGGUGCAAGAGAGGGAGCGUGCCAUGAAAGUUGGCGGUCUUCUCAAGCCCAGUGAGAUUGAUGAUGACGAGCUGUGA